GCCGGGGGGCCAUGCGCCGCUAGCCCGAGCCGCCACCAUGUUCAGCUGGCUGGGCACCGACGACCGGCGGCGCAAGGACCCCGAGGUCUUCCAGACGGUGAGCGAGGGCCUCAAGAAGCUCUACAAGAGCAAGCUGCUGCCGCUCGAGGAGCACUACAAGUUCCACGAGUUCCACUCGCCCGCCCUCGAGGAUGCCGACUUCGACAACAAGCCCAUGGUGCUGCUCGUGGGCCAGUACUCCACGGGCAAGACCACCUUCAUCAGGUACCUGCUUGAGCAGGAUUUUCCAGGGAUGAGGAUUGGACCGGAGCCUACAACUGACUCCUUCAUUGCAGUUAUGCAAGGAGAUGUGGAAGGAAUUGUUCCUGGAAACGCGUUGGUGGUGGAUCCCAAGAAACCAUUCAGGAAACUCAACGCCUUUGGCAAUGCCUUUUUGAACAGGUUCGUUUGUGCCCAGCUACCUAAUCCUGUACUAGAAAGCAUCAGUGUCAUCGAUACACCAGGGAUCCUUUCUGGAGAAAAGCAGAGAAUUAGCAGAGGUUACGACUUCGCAGCUGUGCUGGAGUGGUUUGCAGAGCGGGUCGAUCGCAUCAUUCUCCUUUUUGAUGCGCACAAGCUGGACAUCUCAGAUGAAUUUUCUGAGGUCAUCAAGGCCCUGAAGAACCACGAGGACAAGAUGAGAGUUGUCCUCAACAAAGCAGACCAGAUAGAGACUCAGCAGCUCAUGCGGGUAUACGGUGCCCUCAUGUGGUCCCUGGGAAAGAUUGUCAACACUCCCGAGGUCAUCAGGGUCUACAUCGGCUCCUUCUGGUCCCACCCGCUGCUCAUCCCCGACAACCGCAAGCUGUUCGAGGCGGAGGAGCAGGACCUGUUCAGGGAUAUUCAGAGCCUACCCCGCAACGCAGCGCUGAGGAAGCUCAAUGAUCUCAUCAAGAGAGCACGGUUGGCCAAGGUCCAUGCCUACAUCAUCAGUUCCCUAAAGAAGGAAAUGCCCUCAGUAUUUGGGAAAGACAACAAAAAGAAGGAGCUUGUUAACAACUUGGGAGAGAUUUACGCCCGGAUUGAACGGGAGCAUCAGAUCUCACCAGGAGACUUCCCUAAUCUGAGGAAGAUGCAGGAUCAGCUGCAGGCGCAGGAUUUUAGCAAGUUCCAGCCCCUGAAGAGCAAACUGCUGGAGACAGUGGAAGACAUGCUGGCCAACGACAUCGCCCAGCUCAUGGUGCUCGUGCGCCAGGAGGAGUCCCAGCGGCCCACGCAGAUGGUGAAAGGAGGAGCCUUUGAGGGCACCCUGCACGGCCCCUUCGGCCACGGCUACGGCGAGGGCGCCGGCGAAGGCAUCGACGACGCCGAGUGGGUCGUGGCCCGGGACAAGCCCAUGUACGAUGAGAUUUUCUACACGCUCUCGCCCGUCGAUGGUAAAAUAACUGGUGCCAAUGCAAAGAAGGAGAUGGUAAGGUCUAAGCUCCCCAACACCGUGCUGGGCAAGAUAUGGAAACUGGCUGACAUCGACAAAGAUGGCAUGCUGGAUGAUGAGGAGUUUGCCUUGGCGAAUCAUCUCAUUAAAGUCAAGUUGGAGGGGCACGAGCUGCCAAAUGAGCUCCCUUCCCAUCUCCUCCCUCCAUCCAAGAGGAAAAUAACAGAGUGAAAGAAAGGUCGCAGGGGAGAAGGGGUGGGGAGAAAGAUCUAGAGAAACAUGUUUACUUAAAUUAUACCUUUAGAUGUGAGAUCACCUUUGGAUUUAUACCUAUUUUACUGUAUGAAGAAAAGGCAAAACAAAGAAAAGUCCAAUCCUUCAUGAUAAUAUGCAAUUAACUCUUCCUGUGUAAUUUCCCUGCUUUCUAACGUUUAAUCUAUAAAUACAGAGAAUGUUAUAGAAGCUGACAAGUGGGCGUAGAAGAAAGACUCACGUGGGCUGCAUCUUUUGAGAGCACUAAUAGAAAAAUGCUGACUGCCAGUAUCACUCCUGAGCUUUGGCUGCACCUUGCGCCAUUUUAAUUGGUCUCAAACCCCAAGAGGCUUCUGAGAUCCUUGCUAGUGAAGGGGGAAGAAAAAGGAAAGGAAAAAGGAAAAAAACCCCACAACACAGAAAGGUCACCAAGCUGUUAUCCAAACAACAAAGCAUCUCCUAAUUCAUGAUGAGCCUAUAUACAAACCCCUAAGUUAGAAAGGUAAAUGCAGAUUCUCACAAUUUUUAAAGCUUAGUUUUACAAGUGGUUCCAUGUCCUUAAAAACAGAAGCAAUCCAAAAUGGCUUGGCCUGAGUAGGACAGCGGGAAUUCCUCGUUAUCUGCAAAGGGACAGACCUUAAGAGUUGCCAAGCACUUCUGCCUCCCAUCACUUCCUAGGGGGAGAUUUGCUCUCAAGCACRGCCAAGAGAACAACUGCCCCAAAGGAAGCAGCAGGAGGAGAGGUGCUGGGGGCAGCGAUCAGGUGGGCUGCAAGGCGGGGGAUCACCCAGGACUCACCAGCCCCAGGCUCACUAACCAUUUCACAAGUGGAUAGUGUUUUCUCCCUCAGAAGCCUUUGAGCAACAGUGGUGUUCAUCAUUCCCGUGAAGUGAUCCGUUUACUCUCAUCGUGUGCAGUGAAAGCCACUAGGUCCCGUUCUUGCUGUAGAGAUAAGAGCUCCACAUUGUCAGGUAGAGUGUCCGUCACRCGAGCCGAGAACACAGAGGGGCAGCAGGCAGAGCUUGCCACGCUGCCUGCCACCCUCCAGCCACAGCCUGGGUGUCAACAACCUUCAUCCACCCCCUCCUCCCCACACAGCAACACUUAAUCCCCUCCAGAGCCUCCACCCGGAGCCCAGAGGCAUUCCACUCUCUGUCAUGCUCUAUGAAAUUUCUGUUUUCUUAGGACUUGAUUCGGGUAGAAAUCCCUCAAUUUGCUGUUUUGUUUCCCCAUGCGCACAUGCUCACACACACACAGAGUCUUCUGGUUUUUGGUUGUUGCUUUAGAGCAGCAUGUUGUUCCAGUUCCUGUUGUCACUUUAUAUAAGCUGAGCUCCUACUGUGAUGAAAAACC